AUGCACGCGGGACUGCUGAGCCCUUACGGUUUCCUGUGUUCCAGUUGUCCUGUGUACAGGAAGCCCCACAACAAAAGGCUUAUCCUGCCCAAAACGUUCACAGUGCCCUUGCCCGAGAGGAUAUUCUACUCCCUCGACCUCGGCGUCCCCAGCCCACGGGAACUCAAUGCCACAGUCACAGCUUUGGAACAGGACAGGAGCCCAAGGGAGAAAGACAGAAGAAACCAAGGCUCCAGAAGAAAAGCAGAGCCGAGGAGACGAGACCAGAGCAGCCCAGACAGAACCCAAGAAGGGUCCGAGCAGACUGCUGCACCAGCGGCCCUAAGGAUGCUGCGGGCUGGACAGGCCAAGGGGAUCCUGGGAGGCUGGGGGAUCAUCUGCUUGCUGGUGUCUCUCCUCCUCCAGCACCCAGGAGUACACAGCAAGUGCUACUUCCAAGCUCAAGCCCCCUGUCACUAUGAGGGGAAGCAUUUCACCCUGGGCGAGUCGUGGCUCCGCAAGGACUGCUUCCACUGCACCUGUCUGCAUCCCGUCGGUGUGGGCUGCUGUGACACGUCCCAGCAUCCCAUUGACUUCCCUGCUGACUGUGAGGUUCGCCGGGAGGCAGGAACCUGUCAGUUCUCCCUGGUGCAAAAAUCUGACCCUCGGUUGCCCUGCAAAGGCAGAGGGCCCGGCCUAGAGUGGGGCUCAGCUAACACCCCUGUUCCUGGGGCUCCUGCUCCCCAGUCCAGCUAA